UUAUUUGGAAAGACUGAUGGGAGUGGUGAAAUGAGGGAAGUGGAUAUAUGGAGAGAUACCCUCUUUUGCUUAACUAACACUUCAUCUCUCUCUCUCACUAGCACAAAUAUCUCUCUCUCUCUCACUCUCUAGCAUUUAUUUAUAUAAAUUUAUAAAAGCUACUGGUAAAGGUGCUAGACUGUGGAAAUGGGUCGAGCGAAGCUUUUCAUAGCAGCCCUGUUUGUUAUCUCCGUGAUUAUUGGAGUGAAAUGUGUUCGAGCCGAGGUGCACCAUCUGGUCGCCGGUGACCGUGGCUGGGACCCAUCUUCCGACGUCGCUUCUUGGUCCUCCGGCAGAACCUUCAUCGUCGGAGACAAAAUCUGGUUCAGCUACUCCGCAGCACAGGAAAGCGUUGUGGAGCUUAAAAGCAAGGAGGAAUACGAGUCGUGCGAUGUGAGCAACCCAAUUAGGAUGUACACGGACGGCAUAGAUAGCGUGACCCUUGACAGAAAAGGGAUCCGCUACUUCGCGAGUGGGAAGACUGAAAGUUGCAAAAAAGGCCUAAAGCUACACGUGGAGGUUCAGCCUCAAUCAACCAAAGAUGAAAUCCAGGCUGUUGGUUUAUCAGACAGCUCCUCCAAGGCCGUGGCAGCUGGGCCCACAACCCCUACCCCCUCUGCCUCUGCCCAACCCAAUGGACUUUCUCUUGUGUUGUUGUCCGUUGCAGUUGGACUUUUGUCCUGUCAUGUGGGCCUCUAAAUGCGACUUAUAAUAAUAUCCCUCUCUCAUCUUGCAACAUCUUUUGCAAUAGACAAAACACAUCAAUCGCAUGGGUGUUAAGUAUUCUAUGUUGUAUUCGAUGUUUGUCUAUUUUUUUUAUUUUUUUUUUUUGGUGUACUUUACAUUCUAUUUGUUUUAAUGUUAUGCAUCUAAUCAAAUGAGAUGACUUUA